CUCCAUCAUCACUAAACUAAAAAUAACUUCUAAAAAUACUGAUUCUGCAGUCUGUGUUGAGGAGCGCCAUCAUCUUAAAAAGGAUCAAUAUAUACGAAAACGUGUUAAGCAACUUGAAACUUAUUGCAAAGAAAAGGGAUUAUCACCACCUCUACUUUCAGAUUCUGAGCAUUUGCACAGUUCUUCUGAUUUUCAUAUAUAUACACCUGGAGCUUUUUCUAAUCUUCCAAGUAUCGAUUCUUCAGUCUUUAUAAACUCAGUCAAUCUUCAGAGUUUUCUUGUCGUAGAAUCUCAAAUUUCUGAGAGUCUUUAUAAUUUUAAGUUUUCUAUGCAACCCUCUACUUUCAAUACUUUGAAUGAGUUACCACAAAGUCAUUUUAUUUCUUCUGCUAGUAUUCCUAAUACUUGGUUUAAGUUACUAUUAAGUAUUUAUUCUGAUUAUUUAUCAAAUCUAAGUCCUAUUUAUCCUAUUUCUUCUGAUUAUUCAAGUCCAAGAAAACGCUGUUUUGGAGGUUUUGGUUGCGAUCAAGAUAUUCUUAUAGCUCGAAAAUUACUUAAAGAAGCUUCAGGUCUUGGUUUUCGGCCUGCAACUGUUUGGAUUAAUUCUCAUUGGUCAAAAAUGAUUUUGGUGCAA